GGGGGGAGGGUUGCUGCGGCAGCACCCUGGGGUGCACCCUGCAGGCACGGGUGGGGAGGGCGCCGGGUGGGGUGCGCUGGGAUGCGGGGACCGAAGCACGGGAGAGCUGGAAGGUGCCGCUGCAUCCCGCCUGGGGCUUGCUUUGUUCCCAGCCUUGCCAGUCCGACUCAAGACGCAUGAGCCCCUGGGUCAGGUGUUGAGGCUCAUUCCAGCCGGGCUUUGGAAGAGGUGAGCUCUCUCCCGUGGCUGGUACAAUGCCUACAGCGCCUUUCACCUCGGCCCUCUUCAGCGCCACCUCCCGAGAGAAAUCGCUCCGUAGGAAAACGCUGCCUCCUCCGGGGUGGAACAGGGGGGACGUUGAACAGCGCACAGCCACGCCGCACAACGGGGCCGGGAGUUUCUAGGCAAUAAACCACAGGAGAGGAGAGGGCUCUAGUUCACCGUCAGAAGGGCCAUCCGAGGUCAUGGCCUAUGGAGCAACCAUCUCCCCUCCACUGCACUUUGAACUCCAUCCCCCUUGCUUGCAAUGUAUUGCGAUGACAAAUGUUGACCUGUCACCUCUGCCCUAAGCUACAGGUCUACCCUCCUGGGGAAACCACCUGAUGGAGUCCCUUUCCCCAUUUCCGCUCUCCUCUGCAAGGACAGCCAGUCAGAGCUGCUGCCCCUGGCAAGCAGAACUCUCCCCUUCCCCUCAGGUACCACAGGAGAUUGAGGCAAGGGGUGUAAUGAGGCAAGGAACUGCUGGACACAUAUCAUUUCCACAAAAAGGGGAGGGGUAAGGAGAAGAAAGAGCCCAGCAGCUCAGAGCAGGCUCUGUUCCUUCCAUCCAUGAAGAUAUCUCUGAAGUGCACAGGUUUGAUAUCAUGCACUCUCUCUCUCUCCUUUACUCAGCUCAUCUCCCAGGAUAACAGUUUAGCAAAAGAAAUCAAGGCAUCAAAAGCAGUUAAACAGGUGCCCAACUUGGAGCACGUGCUUCAUUGCUUUCCUGAGGCCGGGCCAGUGCCUGCAAGAACAGUUAGUCUGCAGGCAAAAACCCAGCACUUCCCCUGUGUCUCAUAAAAAACGGGAGAAAUAUGGAGCAUUACUCAGUCUGAAACAAACGGCAGCAGAACAAUGGACCUCUCAGCAGACAGAUUCCUCAUGACGCCUCAUAAGACACUUGCUGACAAAAAGUAAUGCAUGCAAGCUCCAAGGAAACUUGGCAAAGAUGAGCAAGUGCCCUCCCCUGAUGGCCAUGACCCCUCAAACUGUCUUCCUGAAGUGUCCCCUCUCUCUAAGGAACAAUCAAAUCCCUAAAAGAGUCUCAGGAAUCACAAGACUGGGGUUCUAGUCUCUGUUUUCCCUCCCAGUCUUUGUCCGUCUUGUCUAUUUAGACUGUAUAUUUGGCCCCAGCACAAUGGGACACUGAUCUCAGUUGGGGCCACUAGGCACUACCAUAAUACAAUACUAAAUAAGAAGGCCCUCAAAAACGUCAUUAGUGGAGCAAAUCCUGAAAGCUGUAGGGCACCUGGCACUGCUAUGGAAGCCAAGCAGAACUGCAGAUGCUCCGCACCCACUGUAAGUGCGGUGAUGUCACAAACCUUUGACAUCACAGACACACAGAUCCUUAGGAAGCACAGACAACCGCUGGCUUUUGUUCUUCCCCGAUGUCGGUGGUGAAAUCAAUUAACGUGGUGCUGCCUGAAGAGAAGGUGUAUUUGGCAGGCUCCAGCAUAGCUGGCCAAGUGAUUCUGACCCUUAACAACUCUUUGAUCAACCCCAUAGUAAAGGUAGAGCUCGUGGGAAGAGGCUAUUUGGAGUGGAAUGAAGAGACUAAUGCUGACAAGGAUUACAGCAGAGACAUUAUCUGCAAUAACAAGGCUGACUACAUCAAUCAAACAAAGACAUUCUAUAUAGAAGGUAACUGGCUGGCGUCAGGCACCCACAUCUUUGACUUCCAUUUCAACUUACCUGACAGACUUCCAUCGACAUUCAGCAGCAACAUAGCCCGUGUCUCCUACUUCCUCAAAGCCUCCUGCGCCACCCGAGAGCUCAUCUUAGCCAAGCAGAAGAAAUAUUUACUGGUGCAAGGGACCUCCUAUGGCACUCACCGUACUCUACCUCCCCUCCCCAUACAGUACCCUUUGGUGGUGGAAGUCAACAAGCACGUAGCUUAUCAUUGCUGCUUCAAACACGGCCUCGUCAUCCUCCGGAUUUCCCUGGUGAAAAACACAUUCGCCCCCGGUGAACAGAUCAUCUUCACGACAGAGAUCGACAACCAGACAGGCAGGUCCAUCAGGAAGGUGGUUUUUGCCUUGUACUCCAUCAUCCUCUACCUGGGCUACACCGUCAGGGCAGAACGGCGCUCCUUAGAAGACCGAAACGAAGUGAUGAGGCUGGAAUCCAGGACCAAGGCAGCCCCCUUUGAGGUCACAAGGAUCACCAGCAUGUUCUCUCUGCCCAAGUUACUGUCUGUCAGCAGCAUGUCCAUAGCCAAUGAAAUCAUGGAAGUCCGGUAUGAGCUGAUAGGGACAGUUUACCUUCCCUGGUCCAUGACCACAAUUGUGGCCAAAGUGCCUAUCAUCAUAAGAACCACAGCUGUAGGCAUCCCUGAGGACUAGCAGAGGGGUGCAGAAGCAAAGUGACCACGUGGACACACCCAGCGUUU